ACACAAUUUUGACUCAAAAAAGUUCUUCUUUGGCCAAUUUAAAUACUGAAAAUCUGAAAUAAGGCCAAAAACCUUACUUUCACUUCAUUUUUUCACUCACUUCUCAGUAUUUUAUGCCCUCUGAAAACUGAAAAGAGAGUAUAUAUAGAGAAAAUAACCCAAAUCAAAUCAAAAAAAAAAAAAACAUUAUUGAAAUGUAUCUCAAUUAUUUGUUGUGAUUUGGUGAUUUUAUGGUCUAAAUACAAAUAGCCCAUAUCCAACUUGCCCAUUUUAGCAAUAAUCAUGAGCUAUAUUUGUUCUGUUGAUGGGUAUUCGUCGUAGUUCGCUUUAGAGAAUCAAGGUGCUGUAGAGCUGAUCAAAUCGGACUUUAGUUAGAAAGGCGUAGUUGAUUAACGUAAAAGAUGGGUAGCCAGCUGAGGGAAGACCCUAAUGUCCUAAGAAAUUUGGAAGAAAUGUUUCCCGGUCUCUCUUGGGAAGAGGCUCUUGAACAUCAGGAAAGUCUUUACCAGUCACUACAGAUGAUAAACUGUAUUUGUCAAACAUCUAGAUCUUCUGAUAACGAACCUAGCAGUAGCCAAGGUCGCUCGUUGGGAGAAUCGUCAUUUUCAGGAAGCGGCGACUACGAUUUGGCUCUAGAUGAAGCUGUGGCUAGAUCUUUGCAGGAGUUAGAUUUCGAAGAUGAACAAGUCGAUCAUGUUGCCAUUUCAGGAGUGCUCCCUACUGCUUCCAGCAACACUGAACAUGCUGCUCCUGGAACAUCUGUCACGGACGUACACCAACACCAGGAUGACGUUGAUCCAGAUCAGAUGACAUAUGAGGAACUACAGUCCUUAGGGGAAGCUAUUGGAAGUGAGAGCCGAGGAUUAACUACGAGCGAGAUAUCCAGUUUGCCAUGCUACACAUUCAAAUCUGGUCGCCUUUUCUCUAAGAAAGUUGAUAUCGGAGAGUGCGUGAUUUGCUUUGCGUCAUUUAAGAACAGGGAUUUGGUUAUCAGUCUACCCUGUUUGCAUCAAUAUCAUAAAGGCUGUAUUGAACCUUGGCUAAAGAACAAAAAGAUUUGCCCGAUCUGCCAAAAGGAGGUGAAACUAUCGUUUGAUUGAUCAAGCCAUGUAUUGCGUUUGUUGCAACCACACAACCAUUUGUUGCAAAUUGUGCAAGAAGCAAUCUAGUGUAAAAUUGUCUCUUUUCCCCUUCCCCUUUUUGUAUUUAAUCAAGAUCGAAUGUAAAAAGCUUUCGUGUUUUUUUUGAAAGUAGAGGGAAUCCUUCUCUCGCGGGUUAUUAAUAUAUUAAGAAAUAGUUUUUUUUCGAUUUGCCAAUCGAAGAGUGAUGUGGUUGCGUCUUGUGUAUUUUUUUUUUUAGAAAACAUCUUGUGUACUUCUGUUAUGAGUAACAUGUAUACUAGUAGUUAUUAUGAAAAAAGAAAGAAAGAAAAAAAAAAAGCAGUGUACUAGUAGUUGAUGAGGCAAAGUUUAGUGUUCUAUUG